CGGUAACGGAGGGACGAAUAACAGACAUCUCCUUUAAGGCCUUUAAAGUUACUGUAAACUUACUAAAAAACCAACAACAACCCGCUUGUCUUCUUAUCAGUCGGCGUGGACCUGCAGCACGAACAUGGUUCUGAAGUCGGAAGACGGAGUUGUGCCUGAUGACCUCAGUCCAGAAGAGAGACAAGAACUGGAGAGCAUCCGCCGCAGAAAACAAGAGCUACUGGAGGACAUACAAAGGCUGAAGGAUGAGAUAGCAGAGGUGACCAGUGAGAUUGAAAACCUGGGCCUGACUGAAGAGAGGAAAAGCAUGCAGAGGAAUAAACAGAUGGCUAUGGGCCGAAAGAAGUUCAACAUGGACCCCAAGAAGGGGAUCCGAUUCUUGAUUGACAGCUCGCUGCUAAAAAACACGAGCGACGACAUCGCCCAAUUCCUCUACAAGGGGGAGGGGCUUAAUAAGACGGCUAUUGGCGACUACCUAGGGGAGAGAGAUGACUUCAACAUCGAGGUUCUUCACGCCUUCCUGCAGUUACACGAGUUCACCGACUUGAACCUGGUUCAGGCCCUCAGGCAGUUCCUGUGGAGCUUCAGGCUGCCUGGUGAGGCUCAGAAGAUCGACCGCAUGAUGGAGGCGUUCGCCCUGCGGUACUGUCGCUGUAACCCCGGGGUGUUUCAGAACACAGAUACCUGUUAUGUGUUGUCGUUCGCUGUCAUCAUGCUGAACACUAGUUUACACAACCCCAACGUGAAAGACAAACCUACUGUUCAGAGAUUUACAGCGAUGAACAGAGGCAUCAAUGACGGAGGAGACCUGCCAGAGGACCUGCUCAGGAAUCUGUACGACAGCAUCAAGAAUGAACCCUUUAAGAUCCCGGAGGACGACGGGAACGACCUCACACACACCUUCUUCAACCCCGACAGAGAGGGGUGGCUACUCAAACUCGGAGGUGGACGAGUUAAGACCUGGAAAAGACGCUGGUUUAUUCUCACAGAUAACUGCCUUUACUACUUUGAAUACACAACUGAUAAAGAACCCAGAGGGAUUAUUCCACUGGAAAAUCUGAGUAUCAGAGAAGUUGAUGAUUCCAAGAAACCGAACUGCUUUGAGCUCUUCAUCUCGGACCACAGAGAUCAGGUGAUCAAAGCUUGUAAGACGGAGGCGGACGGUCGCGUCGUCGAGGGCAACCACACUUUUUACAGAAUCUCCGCCCCGACCGCAGAGGAGAAAGACGAGUGGAUCAAUAGCAUCAAAGCUGCGAUAAGCAAAGAUCCGUUCUACGAGAUGCUGGCUGCUCGGAAGAAGAAGGUCUCUUCUCUGAAGGGUCUGUAGAGCCGCUGAGGACUGAACGUCAAAAAAAACCAAGAAGCACAGGUUUGAUUUCUAAAUGCAGAACUGGAUGUGGACCUGAUAGUCCUCCUGCUGCAGUAACACACGGACCUGACAGAGGAUUCAGCUUUUGAACUCUUUCACCUUCAGUACAAACACUCCUCUUUUCACAGGUUUAACUCAAUGUUGACCCAUUCAAUCAUAAACUUCUUUUUUCAUAUUUUAUUUAAAUCCUCAAACAUCCUUUCAAAAAAAGCUGCCGGACUGUAACCGUGACGCUCCCAUUCUCCUUAAACUCUGCUGUAAUGACUGAUUCACCUCUCGGCUUCCUCACACGCAGACUCGGCUUCUCGCGGAGAGUAGCAGAACCAAGACGUGGUUAACGUGAAACGACACUCACCGAAUCAUAAAUCAAUUGUGUUUAUAGUCACACACCAGCUGAGAGAAAGAAACUGAACAUUUAACGUGGAAGGAGUCGAGAUAAAAUGCUGGACAGUUACUGGAAGAAUCACAUUACACACAUUAAUGGGAUUCAGAUACUUUUACGUACACGUUAAGUUAGUUUACAAACAUUUAUUUUAAUCAGUGGAGGUAAACACAAACUCUUCAUGAAGAUAUUUACUGGAAUAAACGUCCUUCAGGUCAGGAUUCGGUCUCAUUUGCCACAUAAACGCUCUUUUUUUUACUGCUGUUGAUCUUUUGUCAAAGCACUGUUUAUGGAAAUGAAGGCAAUGCAUAGCUAAAUAUUUAUUUAUCCAGAUUUCUUGUAAUUUAUUGUUUUCAGUUUUGUCUCAUUAAAAGUUUGAAAACGGAUAUCGCUCAUUUGACUUUUGACGGGAA